UUGAAAUUCUUCCGGCUUACCUAGAUAAUGUAUAUAGCAUUCUUUGAUAACACAAAAAUUGGUUUUCUUUUAAAGAGGAACUCACUUACUCGCAUGCCACUCACGUCUGCAAUUUUUCUACAGAAAUAAACGAUACGCCGUCAUGUCUGCAAACCUUGCAGGGCACAGCAGAGAGAAUAUAAGAGACGUUCAGCUGGAGGUUACCUCCAGUAGGCCCCCCAAUCGGCAAAAAAGCAUGAAGUGCGUUAGCUUUCUGGCUGUUCUCGUCGUCACCUUGCAGCUGUCGCUUGCGCAAGCUCAAGAAACGGACGAUGUUCCAGACAGCUUCAAGGUCUUCCAAAACUUCCCAUUCGCUGUCGCAGUCUCCGACCAGAACAACGACACCAUAUAUGAAUGCCUGACAGCGAAGAGACUGUGGCUAAUGCCAGAGGAAAAGGAGGGGCAAUACGUUUGGCUCUUUGGAGGGCACGAUGGCACAUCGAAACAAAAGGUUAACUUCUACGUAUUCGAAGGAAGCAGCCCUGACACAUUCUUCUUCUCAUUGGGCCCAGACGAGCCACCCAAUGCCGAGGCAAAGUUUUACUACGCCGACUACGACAACUGCGUUGUCCUCGACAUCCCUUACAAUGGACGCCAAUGCAUCCUGUGGACGAAAGAAACAGCCAAAGAUGCGGUGCCCGCAAAAUGCGUGGAGGAGUUCAUGAAGUAUUGUGGCGUCGGCGCCCCACUUUACAGCGAUGACCUUUGCAGUGGUGAUGAAGUCGCCGAAUGGUGAUAUUGCAGGAAGAGGAAAACCCAGCUUAUUGCUACCACGCUGAGAAGAAGAAGAGGACCGAGCUUGCGGCCAUCAGGCUGAGGAGCACAAAUCUUUGAUUUCACGUUGAACACGUUCAGCGGAGGCAUAAAUAGAAAUGUGUAAUAAAUGCUGAA